CAACAACUACUACCACGCCAACGCACCACCUACAACAUUGGAAUAUCAACUGGUCACAAGUUCUAGGUCUGAGAUCUCCCCGAGUCUUGUCACUACCACCAAUUGCUCGACCUCACCAGUCUCUGCUUUGACCUUGCAUAAAGAGUCACACAAUGGCUUCAUCCGACAAAGUGGCCGAGGCCCACAAGACGCUGUGGGAUCAAGGCAUUGAGAUACGAAAGCAGGUGGUUGGACCCGAGCAUGUGAGUCGGUCGGUGGAUAACAUGUCGGACUUUUCUCGACCGCUGCAGGAACUCGUCACUGAGGUCGGCUGGGGUGUAGUCUGGGCUCGAGAUGGACUGGAACGAAAGACACGCAGUCUGAUCAAUAUCGGUAUGCUGUGUGCCUUGAACAAAAUGGCUGAGCUUGCCGUCCACAUCAAAGGCGCCGUCAACAACGGGGCAACUGAAGAGGAGAUUCGUGAGGUCUUGAUACAGGUAGCAGUUUAUUGUGGCAUGCCUGCUGCAUUAGAGGGCACCAGGGUCGCUGAGACCGUCCUCAAAUCAAUCCGCGAGGCUGACACCAAGGCUGCGGCUGAAGGCAACCAGGCGUCGCAAUAAGGCUGUGGAUUGAAGGAAGUCAUGGGACUUUGUUGUGCAGGUCACUCAUUCCCCCCAGGUAGCCAACCACCCUACAUAAAACAUUUGGG